UGGCUUUUUUGGGACUAGGAACAUGGGUUUCAUGCACCAAGAACUCAUCGAGAUUCUUAGCUACGCCAUGGUUAUUACUAAAAACCAUAUAUAUACUUCAGGUGCAUCUGGAACUAAUGCAGCUGUUAUCAGAGGUGCACUUAGAGCAGAGAGGCCAGAGCUUCUUACAGUCAUUUUGCCUCAAAGUUUGAAAAAACAACCUCCUGAGAGCCAAGAACUCUUGUCGAAGGUGCAAAACGUGGUAGAAAAGCCACACAAUGACCAUUUGCCAUUACUAGAAGCCAGCAGGCUGUGUAAUAUGGACAUCAUAUCACAAGUACAGCAAGUGAUCUGCUUCGCGUUUCAUGACAGUAGGCUGCUCAUGGAGACAUGCCAAGAAGCUAAAAAUCUCCGCAAGAUCGUCACUCUCUUCUACCUCGAUUGAUUCCCACUCUCUUCUCCUGUGAACACAAGAGGAUGGAUACAAGUCUCUUUGUAAAUUGUGAAUCUUUUCCCAUCCCAAAACAUAUUUAUUGUUCCUUUGUCUAAAUUUUUGAAAACCAAUCGUUGUGAUUUAUAGGAUUGAUUUUCAGCUA